AUGAAUCCAAUCCUCCGCAGUAGCCUCAGGUCGAAGGCACUCAAAUCCACGACUCUCCCAAUCUGCCGCCAGAGGAGCCUCUUCCCUCAACCAUGGCGGUUCUACUCUCAGAGCUCCUACGGCGGUGGUGAACAGAAACCAGAAGGCAAAGCAGAAGCUAAAACGAGCAAACCUACGCGCGAUAUGGAACAUCCAGGCCCCCCUCCCCCGGACGUUAGCAAGGGCAAGGGCUCAUCCUCGCCUUCAUCUUCAUCUUCGUCAUCCGGCGGUGGCCCCAGUUUCCAGAACCAGCCCCCCUCAGACGAGGAAACCCGCCGCAACAACGACGGCGCAGAGGUGUACCCGCACGCUACGAACAGACCGUCGAACAACGCCCGGCCGACCAUCAGCAAAGGGCAGUCGCCCAACGUCGACGAGGACGGGAACCCGCGUCCGGAUGUACCCGAGGAAGUGAGGCGGCAUAAUGACGAGAUCGAGAAUCGGCAUGAUCGGGCGUAUAACAAGCUGGAGGAUGAUGGGAAGGUGGAGAAGGUGUCUUGGAAAACUGACAAAUAG